AUGAGCAAACAUCAGUUGCAAAACUAUGCUCGAAAGAACAAUCUCGACCAACCUGUUUUUACAAUUAAAGCUGAGGGGCUACCUCAUGACAUUCGCUAUAAGGCUACUGUUGUUAUUGGCGGGACAUCAUUCGACAGCCCAGCAUUUUUCAACACUAUAAAAGAGGCAGAACAGGCUGCUGCAAAUAUUGCUUUGAACGAAUUGCCAAUUUCUGCUGACUUGUUUAAGAAGGAUGAAUCUUGUCCAGCCAAGAGUUUACUGCUUGAAUUAACACAGAGAGAAGGUUUUUCCAAACCAACAUAUAAAACUACAGAGUCUCGUUCAUCUAAUAUGCCGACUUUUUUCUCGACUGUGGAAGUAAAGGGUGUUGAAUUUCAUGGAAAGGCAUCUAGAUCCAAAAAACAGGCGGAACAUGAUGCUGCAAAGAUUGCUUACAUUGCCUUAAAAGAGUGUGGACUUGAUAUGUAUGCUGCUUUUUCUUCCUCUACCAAAGCAGACAUUGCUAAAUCCAAGCAGACCCUCAACUCUGAAGGCGAACUUUUGGAUCGGGAGAUGUUACACAAUGGCAUGCAUAAUGGAUUUUUUCCAGUGCCUCCUAACAAAAAAAUAAAGAUAAACAACAUGUUCCCUUCAUCUUCACAUGAUAAACAUCCUCCUGUAUCGGUUUCCGAAUCGAACAAGGGAAAGACUUCAAAUAGAAGUAGCUACUUACUUGGUAACAGGUACAAGGUGUACACAAGUUAUCCAAAUAUUAUAUUUCCUGAGGGGAUUACAAUUGUGCCUAUUGGUGAAGAUAAAUGGGUUGCAGCGAGCUUGGAAUUUCCAAAUGAAGAAGAUGUUUGA